UCAAAGUUCAAUAUCACUUGUCAAGUUUACCUUCCUCAACAAAAAAAAAAGGAAAAAAAAAAUAGAAAACAAGAAGUCACUGCAGGAAAAGAACCGGAGGCAACUUCGCCCUCCUCCCCUGCGUCUCCUCUCGCACACUGAAGGCACACUGGGAAAAAAGUAAUAAUAAUUAAAAAAAAAGACUUUUUUGCUUUCAUCAAUAGUGUGUGCUACUGUGGGAUGCUAAUUUGAGCCAGGCCUUGUGGCUAUUAUGGUCCGGGUGUUGCCGAUUCGCCAUUUUCAGAGACGGAGCUUUUUUUUUUUUUGCUUUCUGAUUGUGAGGAAAAUCUUUCACAUAAAGAGUAGUCUUUCGUAACAAGCCCUUGAUUUCACAAUAAGCAGCAAAUCAAUCCUUGACGCAUUUCGGCCAAAAAAAAGAAAGAAUGGAUCAAGCAAGGUCACAUUCUAGAGCACCAGGCUCAGGCUCAACACCAUCAGAGGAAUCAUCUCUAGAUCUCGAAAAAUACAGCUUCAAUAAUUCCUACCGCCCUUCGUUCAGCCCACCGCCACUUCAACCGCACACAUCGGCUGGUCAACACUGCGAGAGCAGCGCUGCCUAUUUCUCAUGGCCGUGCCGUAUAAAAGACGAUGCAGAAGAGAGGGCGAAUUAUUUCGCAAACCUUCAAAAGGGCGUCCUUCCGGAAACCCUCGGUCAGCUGCCCGAAGGACAGCGCGCUAAUUCACUGCUUGAGCUCAUGACAAUUAGGGCAUUCCACAGUAAGAUCCUGCGGUGCUACAGCCUCGGCACAGCGAUCGGUUUUCGUAUCAGGCGCGGUGUUCUGACUGACGUACCUGCAAUUCUGGUUUUCGUUUCGAGGAAAGUGCACAAGCAGUGGCUUAGUCCUAUCCAGUGCCUGCCUACUGCUUUGGAGGGACCAGGGGGUGUAUGGUGUGAUGUGGAUGUGGUGGAAUUUUCUUACUUUGGUGCACCUGAGCCUGCACCGAAGGAACAGUUGUAUGCUGAGAUUGUUGAUGACCUGCGUGGGGGUGAUCCUUGUAUUGGUUCUGGUUCUCAGGUUGCGAACCAGGAAACAUAUGGAACCUUAGGCGCCAUUGUAAGAAGCCAAACAGGCAAUCGUCAAAUCGGUUUCCUCACAAAUCGACACGUGGCAGUUGACUUAGAUUACCCAAAUCAGAAAAUGUUUCAUCCUCUACCACCAACACUUGGACCUGGUGUUUAUCUCGGUGCAGUUGAACGAGCAACUUCAUUCAUCAGAGACGAUCUCUGGUUCGGCAUUUUCGCUGGCAUUAAUCCAGAAACAUUCGUAAGAGCGGAUGGUGCAUUUAUUCCAUUCGCAGACGAUUUCGACAUGACAGCUGUAACCACAUCUGUAAAAAGGAUAGGUGAAAUUGGAGAUGUGAAAACUAUAGACUUACAGUCUCCGAUCGACAGUCUAGUUGGGAAGCAAGUGAUGAAGGUGGGGAGGAGUUCGGGAUUCACUACAGGAACUGUUUUGGCAUAUGCUCUCGAGUACAACGACGAAAAGGGAAUAUGCUUUCUGACCGAUUUUCUUGUUGUUGGAGAAAACCAGCAGACUUUCGAUCUCGAAGGUGACAGUGGUAGCCUCAUUGUAUUGAAGGGUGAAAACGGGGAGAAGCCCCGCCCGGUUGGGAUAAUAUGGGGCGGAACCGCCAAUAGGGGCCGCCUUAAGCUGAAAGUGGGCCAGCCGCCGGAGAAUUGGACCAGCGGUGUUGAUCUUGGCCGCCUACUCAAUUUCCUCGAACUUGAUAUCAUUACUUCGGAUGAAGCACUCGGAGUUGCAGUGCAAGAACAAUUAGCUGCUUCAAUGACAAUGGUGGGAUCCACUGCUGGUGACUCAUCGCCUCCACCCGAUGUAAUAAUGCUCCCAAAGGACAAAUCCGAGCCGUUGGGUCUUCACAUCCAGCACAUCCCUUUAACGGAAGAUGGUCCGUGUGGGCCCGACAUUAACUCAUCCCCCGCAGAAGGCCCGUUCGAUUUGGAAGACGUGCCCAAUGCAGGCCCCAGUUUCGAGCACCAGUUCAUACCCAGCUUUAACGGGGAGCCCAUUGUGCGGGAUGAAGACGCAGAUCGGUUGGAAUCCGAGAAUCUUUCUGUACUGAGGAACGACUGUGGUGAAGACCUUAGCUUUUCACUGCAAUUGGGGGAGAACGAGCCGAAAAGAAGAAAAUCGGAACCGAACUGAACUUUUAACUUUGUUUAAUUUCUUGUAUGAUAAUUAAUUGAGCCAAAAAUGUUGCUUUAUUUUAUCGUUGUUGCUCGGAUGGUUCGAUUUAUGAGAGAUUUUGCUUGUGUAAUUUUGCUUGGAAUGAUAAACUUAUGUACCUUUGUGCUGCAUUUUAAUUUGAAUGCAAAGUGGUGUUAAAUGUUUUUGGGAAUACA